CUUGAAUGAUUUUCUGGACUAUGCAGAAAGUGAUGAUCUCAUGAGCCCGUUGAAUGAAUCGGAGCUUGAGUCAGAAAAGGUGGAAGCGAAAACAGGAACUAAAGUAGCAGGAAAUGAAAGAGAAAGAACGUGUGAAGAAAGAAACGGCAGAAAGAUGUCUUACCGAAAUCGAACGGUGUGGAUCAUGGAGCAAGCAAGGACUGAUCAAAAGAGGCCACAGAAGUCAGCAAUUGUAGUGGGCAGUAAUCCAGAACAAAGUAACUCAGAAGUUUCACAAGCCUCUGCGGAAAACCCUGAGGUCUUAGUCGGUCAAGCCAACAAGCAAGUUGAAACAAGUAAUUCGUUCCACACCAGCACUACUCAAGAAUCGAUUCUGCAAGUUGAUCUAUUAGAUCAGACUGUUACAGCAAAAAACGAAUAUAGACAACUACAAAGCUUCAAAGAUGAACCAAUCCAUUUGGAUAGCUUCAACACAUUGAUCCAGAAAGCAGGUGCAAAACAUAAAAUAGCCAAUCAAUCCAGUUGUAGCCUAAUAGUUGAUACGCAGUCAAAAAUACAACAUAACACGUCACAAAAACGUGAUGCCAAAAUAUCCGACCUGCCGCAAAAUGUUUUUGAUGGGUACUAUGAAGUAGGUCCUGACAGUUUAGGUGCUCCUAUCCAACAAGAACAUACACAAAUUAAAACGACCUGUGAUGAUGGCAGUGAAAAAUUUUUGGAGCCAUUUGUCUCUGACGACUCUACAGCUGAUCCUGAUUACUUUUCGUCUACCUUUUCCAGCGGCAGUGAAACUAACAGUUCAUCGUCUGUUGAAAAUGAUAUUAACUCAAGUAACAAGAGCGAGGAAAAGAAGCAUCGAAGGGUAGUUAAUUUUAAUGACUCUCAAGAAAUUGCAAGAAAAAGAUCAAGAAAUCCUGAAAAUUGGCGUAAAAAUUCUGCAAAGAAAUUGAGAAAUUCCGUUUCAAAAUUAUAG